CUUCUGCGGGGCUCCACCGAGGAGGGACAACCGACACGCGAAGGCUCUCCAAUGCUGCGCCGAAUCGUCCGCAUAGCACUCAGAGCCCCCCAGGGGGCUCGAUGCGUGAGUCGGAUCCCGCGGGACCCCGAUGAGCGUCUGAUGCAACAAGGCCACGACCAACUCAGUGUUUUGGAGAAAUACAUGAGUGCAAAGCAAGCCUGUGAAGCAAUGCCUACGCCUGAGCUCAACCCAUACGGAGUCUUCGCCAACAAUGAAUUAAAUAUGGGCGGGGUCGAGGUUUACGGCUUCGAUUACGACUACACCUUAGCUGUAUACACGGGCCAGCUGCAUUAUCUCAUCUACGAUCUUGGUCGAGACUGGCUCAUCAACAAAUUCAAGUACCCCAAGGGCAUCGGGGAGCUCGAGUACAAACCUGGCUUCGCUAUCCGUGGUCUCCAUUACGAUAUCAAAGAGGGGAUUCUGAUGAAAAUAGACCUAUUCCAUCAGAUUCAAUUCGAAUCGGUGUACCGUGGACUCACUCCACUGGCGCGCGACGAGGUGGAGAAUAUCUACGGUGGAAGCUAUAUUCCUCAGUACAUGAUAAGAGCUGGCAACGAGAAAAACCGCACCAAGCAGCUAAAUGAUUUGUUCUCAGUCCCGGAGAUCUGCUUGAUAUCGAACGUGACGGAAUACUUCAUCAAGAACAACAUCGCCUUUAACCCUGAAAUUCUGUUCUAUGAUGUCCAAAACGCUGUCGGUUCUAUCCACCCCGUCAUACACAACAUGUUCAACGAGACGAACAUCGGCACUUAUCUCGAGAAGUACCCUGAGUUGAAGACCUUCCUACAGAGACUCAAGGAAAACGACAAAAAGAUGUUCAUAGUCACGAACAGCCCCUUCAAAUUCCUGGAUGUGGGGAUGCAAUAUAUGUUAGGCGAGGAAUGGCAAGAUUUCUUCGAUGUCGUCAUAGUCCAGGCGAGGAAGCCGAAGUUCUUCACCGAGCAGUUGCGGCCGUUCCGAAUGUACGAUAAGGCCACGAAGUCUCAGCUAUGGGAGCGCGUCACGAGUUUGGAACAAGGGAAAGUUUACGUCGAGGGUACAGUGAAUCAACUGCAACAUAUGACCGGCUGGCUUGGUCACUCUGUUCUGUACUUCGGAGAUCAAAUAUACAACGAUCUGGCCGAUCUCACCCUGAAUUACGGCUGGAGGACAGGCGCCAUACUCUACGAACUUGCUCACGAAAUCAAGAUCUCGAACUCGGAAGAGUUUCGUCACACCGCAAGUUGGCUGCAGACGCUCCAGCAUCUCAUAGCUGACAUGCAAGACUCCCCUGACAUUCAGGACUUCCUCGAUACUCUCCUUGAAGAGAGGGAUAUGCUCCGCAAGACGACGAAGAGUCUCUUCAAUCCAAACUUCGGUUCCGUUUUCCGAACACACCACAAUCCGACCUAUUUUUCAAGACGUCUCUUCAGAUACUCUGACAUCUACAUGAGUCACGUGACAAACCUCAUGAACUAUUCCCUCAGCCACACAUUCUACCCUCGACGCGGCGUCCUACCGCAUGAGUGUUAUAUCCCGCACAGCUGAGGGUCUCGGCGGAUGCCCUCUGACGCUGUUCCAUCCUUAACUGCCUUGACUCGACUUGUGAUGGAUUUAUUAUUAGUGGAGCGAGGCCUGCGGGUCGCUCCGAAAUGUCUUUAAAUCAUCCUACAGUGUUUUUGAAUAUUCACAGCUCAGUCGCAGAGAGCAAUCAUUGAAAUUGUUUCGAGAACUGGAAAGUUCUCUUGUUUAUAAAAUGAAAAUUGUUGAA